GUAUCGGUGACCGGAGAUGAUGGGAGAGUCUGACUAGAUCCACUACGGCUCGGAAACACCAUGGCUGUGGACGCAGCAUCCAGUUUCAGUUUCUGCAGGCCAGCCGUGGAGUACAGGGCCCUGCCUGAGGACUUCAAGCACCAGCUGAGCCGACGGACAGGUGGGAACCUAACCUGGCAUGACGGGCGUGGGCAGAAAACCGCAGGAGGCAGGACGGUGAAGCUGCUGCAGCAGCCGGGCACAGAGGCCCUGCAGUACCGUUCCAGUGACAAUUAUGGGAUAUAUCACACAAGCCCGACACAACCCAGCCUGAUCCGCCCCGUCGUGCUCUGGUCACAACAAGAUGUCUGUAAAUGGCUGAAGAAACACUGUCCACACAACUACCUGACCUACGUGGAGGCGUUCUCGCAGCACGCCAUCACAGGCCGUGCGUUGCUGCGUCUGAAUGGGGAGAAGCUGGAGAGGAUGGGACUGGUGCAGGAAACACUUCGGCAGGAGUUGCUGCAACAGGUGCUGCAGCUUCAGGUGCAGGAGGAGGGACGCAACUUGCAGCUGCUCAGCCGAGGUGAGGGUUCCUUUGGAAGAAUCUCGUAG